AUGAGUAAGCGGUUUUCAGAUGCCUCACCUACUGGUCUCAGACCCUCUGCUCCAGCUUUUGAACCUGGGGGUACCGGCGCCAUACGGUCUUCAGCACAACCAGUAUCGCCAAAUGAUCAACUACAUCCAUUCGAGCAGCCAUCUGAAGAACAGUCCGAGUCAGAAUUCGGCCAGCAGUCUGAGCAGCAGUCUGACCAAGACUCUGAGCAACUGUCCGAACAGCCAUAUGAACCGCGACCUUACGAAAGGCCGUCAUCUGACCCUCCAGAUAGGCCAGUAUGUGGGUCGCCUAUUAGGAGGACGUCAUCUGGGCCCCCAGACGUCUAUGGACUUUUUUCCGGGCCUCCACCUGGGCUCCCACCGGGUUUCUCACCUGAACUAUCUUCUAGUCAGCUAUCCGAUGACAUAUCGCCAUCAGGGCCCUCUUCCGGGCUCCCACCCAGCUGGCAAUCACCUGAACUACCAUCUGGGCAGCCAUCCGACGAUAUGUCACCACCUCAACCUCCAAUUGAGCCUCGGCAAGCUGAUUCGCCGUCAUUUGGGACUCAACGUCAGUCACCAUCCAACCGGAUACCAUACUCAGGGCUUCCAUCCAUUCAUAACCCAUCAUUUGCGCCUGCAUCUGCGCCGUCAUAUGUGCCACACCAUACGCCACCAUCCAGUCAUACACCCGUAUCUAGGACUCAAUCUCAACCGCCAUAUACGCGUACGCCGUAUUACGGGCCGCCAUCAGCCCAUAGGCCGCAGUUUAGGCAACUAGCACCCCUAGACACAAGCAUACCUAGCACGCACUUUCAGCAAUCUCCGGAAGAUGAUCCUGACCUACCAUUUACACCGGUCACCCCGGUUCACCAAACUAUCCCUCUCCAGCCAGCCGUUCAACCGAUAGCAAAUGCACCGCCAGGUCUAACGCCCGGAAUUUUGAGCCCACCCCUCGCUUCGCCGUCCGCCUCAUCUCACCCCGCCAACACUCAAAACAUAGCCAGUGCUCAAACCACCAACUCCACUGUUUCGACCCCUGGCAAUGAGAAAUCUGCGGGCAGUGUUUCAAACCCAAUGGAAGUAUCACCACAGCAGUCAGAAGCGGGACGAAGCACAAACAGUCCAACAACAUCAACUCAAGCUUCUUUCUUCCCUGAUAACGUUGGAUAUACACCCCACUUCUGGAUCUGCCAGCCUUCCCAGGUUGGCAACCUCGUGGAUAUCAUCUGUAAUGUCCCCGCAAGAGUUCCAAAACUACCAUCGAUUUGCUUAGGUGUCAAAGGCUAUAAACUCUCUCGAUAUGGAACGGUCGCCCUGAUUACAAUCUACCUCUCAGCUAGAGGGAUUACUUAUGUAGUAGAUAUCCACACAUUGGGAGUAGAAGCAUUCAUUACACCCGGUUCAACGUUUAGGGACACAACUCUGAAAAAAAUCCUUGAAGACCCCCAAAUUUGUCUAAUCAUGUUCGACUGUCGAAACGCCAACGAUGCAAUCUUCAAUAAAUUCGAUGUCUAUUUACGUGGCGUCAUCGAUCUACAAUUAAUAGAACUCGCAUUAACUCAACAACGUGAUAGAAGAUACCUGAAAAGCCUAGACACCGCUCUAGAUCAGUCGCGUGUACUUUCGCCAGCACAGAUGGAUCGGUGGAAGCGUUUUAGAGAAAUCGGCGAGACUCUUUUGGCACCGUCAGAUGGGAUAUGCGCUUUUCAUGAUAGACCUGUUCGACCUGAUAUCUUAGAAUAUUGUGUUCAAGAUGUUGUUUACCUGACGGGGGUAUAUUGGAAUUUGUUUCGUCAGUUACGUUCUUCGAAAAACCAUUCGGUGUGGCAGCAAAGAAUUGAAAAGGAGACGAACAAUAGGUUGGCUCUUGCUAGGGAUCCGUGUUAUGAUGGACUUAGAACGCAAGAUUGGAUGCGUAUGGCGCCAAGUUCUUGGGCUGUUUAUAACGAUUGA